CUGGAGCUUUGCUUUGAAGGAUAAAAAAAGCACAGCCUCUCAACCGGACAUAAAUGGAUCUAAAGACAGCAGUAUUUAACGCAGCUCGGGAUGGCAAACUCCGUCUUCUCACCAAGUUGCUGGGGAGCAAAUCCAAAGAGGAGGUUUCCUCCUUGAUCUCUGAAAAAACAAAUGGGGCCACGCCACUCUUGAUGGCCGCCAGAUAUGGGCACCUUGACAUGGUGGAGUUCCUCCUGGAGCAGUGCAGUGCCUCCAUCGAAGUUGGGGGUUCUGUCAAUUUUGACGGUGAAACCAUUGAAGGGGCGCCACCUCUCUGGGCUGCUUCAGCAGCGGGACAUCUGAAGGUGGUCCAGUCUUUGUUAAAUCAUGGAGCAUCAGUCAACAACACGACUUUAACCAAUUCCACCCCCCUUCGAGCUGCCUGCUUUGAUGGCCAUUUGGAAAUAGUAAAGUACCUUGUAGAACACAAAGCUGAUUUGGAAGUGUCAAACCGACAUGGGCAUACAUGCCUGAUGAUUUCAUGUUACAAAGGACAUAAAGAGAUUGCUCAGUAUUUACUUGAAAAGGGGGCAGAUGUUAAUAGAAAAAGUGUUAAAGGUAAUACUGCAUUGCAUGAUUGUGCAGAGUCUGGAAGUUUGGACAUCAUGAAGAUGCUCCUUAUGUAUUGUGCCAAGAUGGAAAAGGAUGGUUAUGGAAUGACUCCCCUUCUCUCAGCAAGUGUAACUGGUCACACAAAUAUUGUGGAUUUUCUGACCCACCACGCACAGACCAGCAAGACGGAACGUAUUAAUGCACUAGAGCUUUUGGGAGCUACAUUCGUAGACAAAAAAAGAGAUCUACUUGGGGCUUUGAAAUACUGGAAAAAGGCGAUGAACAUGAGGUACAGUGAUAGGACUAAUAUUAUCAGUAAACCAGUACCACAGACCCUAAUUAUGGCUUAUGAUUAUGCCAAGGAGGUAAACAGUGCAGAAGAACUAGAGGGUCUUAUUGCCGAUCCUGAUGAAAUGAGAAUGCAGGCUCUAUUAAUUAGAGAACGUAUCCUUGGGCCUUCUCAUCCUGAUACCUCUUACUAUAUUAGAUACAGAGGCGCUGUCUAUGCAGACUCUGGCAAUUUCAAGCGAUGCAUCAACCUUUGGAAGUAUGCGUUGGAUAUGCAGCAAAAUAACUUGGAUCCUUUAAGCCCCAUGACCGCCAGCAGCUUACUGUCUUUUGCAGAACUGUUCUCCUUUAUGCUCCAGGAUAGGGCUAAAGGCCUGCUGGGCACUACUGUUACAUUUGAUGAUCUCAUGGGCAUACUGUGCAAAAGUGUCCUUGAAAUAGAGCGAGCUAUCAAACAAACUCAGUGUCCAGCUGACCCUUUACAGUUAAAUAAGGCUCUUUCCAUCAUUUUGCAUUUAAUUUGCUUGUUAGAAAAAGUUCCUUGUACACUAGAACAGGACCACUUCAAAAAGCAGACCAUAUACAGGUUUCUUAAGCUGCAUCCAAGGGGAAAGAAUAACUUCAGCCCUCUUCAUCUGGCGGUGGACAAGAAUACAACAUGUGUUGGGCGGUACCCUGUUUGUAAAUUCCCAUCUCUGCAAGUUACUGCAAUUCUGAUAGAAUGUGGUGCUGAUGUGAACGUGAGAGACUCCGAUGACAACAGUCCCCUCCAUAUCGCUGCUCUGAACAACCAUCCAGAUAUCAUGAAUCUCCUCAUUAAAUCAGGUGCACAUUUCGAUGCGACAAACUUGCACAAACAAACUGCUAGUGACUUGCUGGACGAAAAAGAAAUAGCUAAAAAUCUGAUCCAGCCUAUAAACCAUACCACGCUGCAGUGUCUUGCUGCUCGUGUCAUAGUGAGUCAUAGAAUAUAUUAUAAAGGGCACAUCCCAGAGAAGCUAGAGACCUUCGUUUCACUUCAUAGGUGAUAACUUGACUGUUCUAUCACUGUUAAAGCACGAAUUGGUAACAGUUGUUUCAUAAAUGAGCACUGUUGUGAUAACACCAGCAUUUGUUUAGCUUGAUAUCAUCAUGCUCUCAUUGGCUAAAGCAUUAUAAACAUCAAAUUUACAGGAUUGGUUUCCCAGUAUUUAAUAUAAGUAUACCAUAUAAUAUAUUGUUUGGAAUUAUUGAGAAAUAGAAUGUCAUGUUCACAUUUCUAAAAUUGUCUGCCAAAGGCUUAUCUAUUCUGGUUUUGUUUGCUGUUGGGAUUUGGGACAGAGUUCGCCAUUUUUCAAUGGUGUCUACUGGUUUGUGAAUUUUAUACGGAUAGAGGUCUUUUUUUUUUUUCUUCUUGCUUCUACCUUCUGUUCUCCAAGCUUUUGCCCUGUUUCCACUUUUUUUUUUUUUUUUUUACCCUGACCAUUUCUGUUACAGUUUUUCCCCUCUUACAGACUCAUGCUAGGUUGUACAAACUGUGUGGACUCGUUACCAUUUGCAGUUACCAUAA